AUGGCGUCGCUCUUCACGGCACAGCUACAUCCCGGCCGAGCGUUAGGGAUUCUGGUGCUCGGAGCUUCGCUGCACGAUAUCCUCACGCGUCUUAAGGCUGAACCGCAGCGAUUCCCCAAGCUCGACCUCGUCUAUUCGCCCACAAAGCCAGUCGAGGAGCCCGUGACAUUGAAUCUCCCGGCAAACGGCAUUCGCCUACGGUUCGAUGGACCGGAGCAGCGUCUCCGGCUUAUCGAAGUCAUCGACUUUACAAAGAAUCACAUCACAUUCAAGGAGCAGAACAAGGAACGAGACCUAGUCCGGCCAGCAAACGCAUCAUCAUCUCCCCGGCCGGGCGAACCUUCGGGAGGACCGACGUUUAGGCACAUAUAUCAGCGAUUCUUAGGGCCUACAUAUGAUGGAGAAUUCGUCCCUAGCCCGGACGUCGACAAGAAUGAUGCAGGAACCUACGUGCUGUCUUACCCUGGUGUCGCAUUUACAUUUCCCAUGGCCCGAUCCGCCUAUACGCCGUCAAAGGAUGUUGUAUCCCUGCUAUCAUCUGCAAACAACCAAAUAGCGACCUCCAUGGCCGUUUUCUCAGGCGAGUCUUGGGCACAAGCGUGCGACCAGCUAUGGACGGAGAUCCUCCCGAGCAUCAAGACCUUCACUCCGCUUGCUAAGGGCAAGGAUGUCUGUCCAGAUGAGAUCUCGCUCGUUAGAAUACACGGCGGUGGAAGACUUCAACUUUUCCGCAAGUGGACCAGCAAUUCCAUGUGGAUUACUCUGGGAGAUACAACACCGCAGGAGCUAGUUGCUGAGUUGGGUCCGCCGGAUGCAAUUUUUCGCAAAAACGACCAACGCAUGUAUAUUCACAAAAUUCGCACUGCGAGCAGUAGUAGAUCGAGGGCGAACGGCAACGAGUUCAAGCGCCAGGAUGAUCUGACUGAUACCGACCAGUCUUCUGCGCACACGACGUCCGAUGACUCGGGCGAUGACGAAGCUAUCGAAGACGAGUUCGUCGGAAAUGUAUCAGGAGAAUGCUUCUAUAAUUAUUUCUACCUCGGUUUUGAUGUCCUCAUCUCAACACCUACAACCCCAUCCCUUCCACCGCCAUCACAAAACGGGAACGUCACGUUUCCCGAACGCGCGUUCAAGGCUGAGUCACCAGACCGCCUGGUCACAACGAAGUUAGUAUUACAUGGCAACGUUCCCGGCUCAUAUCCAUUCAACAGACACCGACGAAGUCGCUGGGAAAUUUCUUACUUGGAUCCUUCCGUGAACUCAGAGACUCCAUUUUCCGAGGCGGAAAAAUGUCUACACACGGAAUGGAAGUCCAUCUACGCCUCGGAAGAGGAUGCCCGCCAAAGACAACGGGGAAUGGUCCUUAAUAGGGGCUGGGGCGAUAGCCCUGGCAGUAGCGUCGAGCUGCUUGGUGGAUGGGAAGAGAGCGGGGGAGCUGCGCCCGGCUUAGGCGGCAAGAACUUUGAUGGGAGUGAAGACUCGACUACGACGCUGUACGGCUUCCCAGGUCUGGUGUUUGAGGUGUUGAGGAAUGGUUUUGUCAGUGCACUGACUGUGUUUUGA